UGUUAUUGUGUCAUCGAUUUUUUUUCAUUUUAAUCUUUAAAGAAAAAAAUUCUCACCAUUCAUCUAUAUAUACUUGUUUAUCACGAAUAGUUGUGGGUGUAUUUGGAAUUUACUAUUCGACAAUACACAAAUUGUUCUAAUGUCGCAAUAACAAUCACGAUAAUCAUACAACGACAAUCAUCAUCAUCAUCAUACGGAAAUUGUUGUUGUCGUUGUUGUCGUAAUUAUCUUUGACAAAGCCCCCCCCCAGUAGUGUGUAACAAAAAUUAGCCACCAAGCCAUGUAGCAGAAUGAGUUAUAAUAACAGCAACAACAGCAGUAAUAUUUCGAAUACGGGUGGCUGUACAGGAUUCAUUGCACAUUCAAUUAAUCCGACAAGAUGUCGAAAAUGUUACAAAGAUAUCAGCGAACAUCGUCAACAACAACAACAACAACAUGAUUCAACUGGCUUACAGCCAUCAUCAUCAGAAAAUCAACGAUUCCGUACACCACAACGUAGUUCAUCAUUAAAAUUGGAUUCAUCAUCUGAUCAUUCACAAUCGGUUUCAUUUACAUUGAAACCGAAAUGUGUAAAAUUUUCCGAUACAAAAAACGAUGCUAAUAAUGGCAAUGAAAAUGAUGAUCGUAAAAAAACCAUCACCAAUGAUAAUGAAAAUGAUGAUGAUCCGAUCGAUGUGGCAUUUACCGUUUGUGUUAAGAAACCAACCAAAACGUUAUCAUCAUCAUCAUCAUCGUCAUCGACGGCUGAAAAUUUCAACAAAAAUGAACAUGAUUAUCAAAGUCGUAUACAAGAAUUGAGUAAAGAAUUAACCAAAUCAAAGGAAAAAAUUGUUCUACUUGAAAGUAAAAAUAAAGAAUUUGAAAACAUGCGCAAAACUUUUGCCAAAACAGCAGAAAGUGGCCAAGAAUCGAUUAAACAGAAUUUUGAUGAAAUGGCUAAACUAAAACAACGUGUUGUCGAUAUGGAAAAUGAAAUUAAAACAUUGAAAAAUGAAAAGAAAACAUUGGAAGAUAGAAUGAAACGAACCAAUAGCAAUAACGAUUCUGUGAAUGAAUUACGAAAUAAACUUAUACAAUCGGAAAAAAUAAUCGCACAACUUACGCAAGAAAAUGAAGACAUAAAAAAAGAUGUCAAAGAAUUGGAAGUAGAAUUUCAAGAAUUACAUGACAAUUUUCGUGAAGAUCAAUCAUCUGAAUUUCGUGUGAUAAAACAUGAACUAGAAACAAUGUCAAAAAAUUGUCGUGUUCUGCAAUUUAAAUUGAAAAAAGCCGAACGAACUGUCGAACAAUUAGAUAAUGAAAAAUUGGACAUGCAAAAACAAUUGCAUGAUCUUUAUGAAACAGCUCAGAUGGAUGUGGAUAAACGUAAAAUGAAAGAAUUGGAAAAUGAACUAUCUAUUGCUAAAGAAGUAUCGUUAAAAUUACAUGCCGAAAUUGAACAGCUCAAAGAAGAACGGCUACUCGAUAUGGAACAAUUGCAACAAUUACAAGAACAGCAACGAAAUAAAAAUAAAUUGACAACAACAACAACAAAUGAUAGUGGCCGUAAACCAUUUGGUAAAUUAUCACCAUCACCAUCGUUUGAUCAAAGCACAAAAGAUUAUGAACAAGUUGUUCGUGAUCUAUACGAUACAAUGGAACGUGAAAAAGAUCUACAAGAACAGCUUAAAUUUUCUGAAGAAGAAACACGUACGACAAGAAAAAAAUUGUCAACAAUGGAACAGGAGAAUGAAAUUCUAAUGUUACAAAUACGGAAAAUGACUUUGAAAAAUAAUCAAACUAAAGAUGAUGAUGAAAGUGAAAGUGAUGAAUUGAAUCCUGAAGAAAUGAAACUUCAUCUUGAAUUAUAUGAACAAGAAAUGAUUGUCUUGAGGCGAAAAACCGAUGAACUGGAACAGGAGAAUGAAAAUUUUCAACAAGAAAUUAAAUAUCUACAAGAUAAAUUAGUAUCACAACCAAUAACGAAAAUGGAAAUACCAGAAAUACCGGCCGGAUCACCAGUAAAUGUUAUUUAUGAUCAUAAGAUUAAAAUACUUGAAACUGAAGCACGUGAAUUACGAAAAAAAUUAGUGGAUAAAGAAAAAGAAAAUGAAAGUCUUCGUACCGAAGUUGAACUACAUAGACGACGAACAUCGAAAGUGAUUAAUCGUAGCCGUAGUUUAGAUUCUGAAGGACAAUCAUUGGAUAUGAAAAAACAAUUACAACUAUUCGAACAAGAAGCAAACAUUUUGCGACAAAAAAUGAUCGCAUUAGAGAAUGAAAAUGAGAAACUAUUGAAUGAAAAUAAACGGCUACAAUUACGUAUUAGUAAAAAACCUCCACCGGGACCUGCCGAUCAAUUGCAAAUGGAAAACAUUGAAUUAAAAGACAAAAUACGUGAACUGGAACGUAAAUGUGAUUCAUUGAAAACUGAUCUAAUGAAUACAAAAUUGAAUACAGAGACAACUGAAACUGAAACGGAUUUUAUUGCCAAUCUAAAAAAACAAUUGCGACAGAAAGAGAACGAUCUGUCCAAUCAGCAAUCCAAAUUGGCAAAGAUGGAUAUCGAAAUGGCCAAAAUCAAUCGUGAAUAUAAAAAACUUAAAGACUCUUUAAAUCCAAGACGAAGAGUAAAUCGUGUGAUACGAGAAACAGCUACACGUUUGGAAUUGAAAGAAAUAAUCAAAGAAAUGGAAGAAGAACUAGAACAUUUACAGACGAAUAUACGUGGUAAAGAUGCGUUCAUUGAGAAUCUGGCCGAAGAGGUGUCCGAAUUAAAACGAUCAAUACAGGAAUCAGAACAGCAACAAAAAUCUGGUAACAACAUGAAUGGUGUUAAAAAUUCUCAACAACAUGAAACAAGUCAAGUGAAUGAUUUGAAAAAACGAUUGGAAGAGGAACAACAUCGUACAAAAAGUUUGCAAGAGAAAUUAGACAAAUUGGUACAAACAACAUCAAUAGCCAAUAGUAUUAGUCAUAAUAAAAACAAUGGCAAUGAAAAUGAACAUAAAAUCAAAGAUCUAGAAGCCAAUAUACAACGAUAUAAAACUAAUGCUGAUGAUUUGAAUAAUAAAUUAUCGGAAUUUAUUCAAAAUAACAAACAAUUGAAUGAUGAUAAUGGUAAACUACGACAACAACUAGAACAAUUCAAUGAACAGAUCGAUGUAUUGACAAAUAAAUUAAAAGCAAGUGAAAAAUUUGAAAAAGAAUUGAACAACAAACUUGAUGAAAUGAAAAAAGAAUUGGAACGUGUACGGAAUUUGAACAGCCAGCUUAUAAUAAAUGAUGUCGAUUCUAAUACAAAAACUAAAACAGCCACUAUUGGUAGUGGUGAUAAUCGAUCCAUUACCUUGCAAAAAGAAUGCAAUGAACUUAAACGAAGAUUGGACGAAUCUCGUAUGACCAUUAAUGAAUUACAGACACAAAUUGAUAGACAACGGAAUGAAUUCAAAGGAAAAGAGGCCAAAAUUCGUGAUGAAUUUAAUCAAAAAAUAGAAAUAACAUCAAAAAAUGUACGAAAAGAAGUACACUUUGAAUUACAAUCAUUACGAGAAGAAUCGACCAAUUAUAAGAAUCGUUCAACAGAAUUGGCAACAAAAUUAGAAAAGUCUGAAAAAGAAGUAAAAGAAUUGAAUGAAAAACUUAAAUCCAAUAAUGUUCAGGUGAGAAAAGAACAGAAUGAAUUGAUGGAAAAGAUUCAAGGAUUAGAGAAUCAAUUGAAAAGUGAACAACGAAAACGUGAACGAUUGGAGAAAGAGAUUGAAAAUGUUGGCCGUGGCCGUGAAGAGGAAUUAUUACGAUCACAAGAAAGAAUUGUUCAAUUGGAGCGUGAAAUCCGUCGUCAGCAGGCCAAACUUGAUGAUGUUGAAUAUGAUUAUACGAAUCGUAUCAAUUCAAGUGAAAAAGAAUUGAACAAAAUCAAACAAGAUUAUGAUGAUUUGACGAAUAAAUAUGAAAUGCUUGAAAAAGAUUUUGUUGAUUUGAAAUCCCGAGCUGUGGCCGAAAAAGGAACUCUUGUCGAAGCUGUUGAGUCAUUAAAAAAAAGCUAUGAAGAAAAAUUGAAUGAAAUAAAAUCAUUGAAAGAAACAUCGAUGAGUCAACGAAAAGAAUGGUAUAAAGAAAAAUUGACCCUACAAGAACGUGUUGCCGAUCUGGAAUCAAAACUCAAUAAAGCUAAUUUGAUUGAAGAGGAACGUAACCGACUUAAAAUGUUGAUGACGGAAAAAGAAAAUCUUCUAAAUUCAUAUCGUAAAGAGGAACGUGUUCAUAAUGAAGAACGUGAACGUAAUCGUAUCAAAAUGGAUGCACUACAAACAAGAAUUGCUGAACUUGAACGAGUGGAACGGAAUACUAGAUUUAUGAGUAUUACUGGUCGUGCACAAGUCGAUAAAGAGUUACAAGACUAUCGUAUACGAUUAGAACAUUCAGAAACAUCACAUAAAGGCGAAUUGGCUGCAUUACAUGCCGAAUAUGAAGGUCGUAUGAGAUUAUUGGGCGAAGAAGUUGAACAUUUACAACAACAAAUGGUGCAUUUAGCACAGGAACGUGAUAGAUAUCGUGAAUCAUUGGAAAAAUCUAACAAAGACCAGGGAACAUUUAAGGGCACUUUUCGAAAUGAAAUUGAAGAUCUUCAUUCACAAUUACGUAUCGUUCGAACCGAUUUGGAGGGAGCAUUGUUGGAAAAUCGUAAUCUAAAAAUUCAACAUGGUACAGAAAAAAGUACAUGGCAAAUACAGUUGGCCGAAUAUAAAACACAGAUCAAUCAAUUAGAGGAAAGGAUUUUAUUAGAGACACGAGGCUCAACUAGAAAUUAUGCUCGUACAAAAAUGGAAUUAGCAUGGGAAAAGGAACGACAAGAAAACUUGCGGUUAUUGCAGGAUACGCAAAAAUUCAUUCAAGAAUUACGUGAUAAAUUGAUGGGUAUUGAAAGUCUUCGUGAAAAAGAACGUGAAGAAGCACGUCGACAGUUGUUAGAAUUGAAGACAAACAUGGAUAAAGAACAUGUUGAAACUCAGCAAAAAAUUGCCGAACUUCAAUUUGAUUUGUUAGCAUUGAAAGAAGUGCACGCAAGACUAAAAUCCCAAAAUGAACGCUAUAAACGAGAACGUGGAAUGUUCGAAAAAGCUAAAAUAGAUUUUAUUGACAUUGAAAUGGCUGAAUUGCGUAAAAUAGUUGAUUCGAUAACACAGAAAUCAUCGACGACUGCCAAUUUAUCAAUGAAAACUGUUCGUUCAACUACCCAACAAACUACAUUAAAUAAUAACAAACAAGAAGAGAUUGUUGAAACUAUCAAUCAACUCAAGGAACGGUUACAUUCUAGAUAUAAUGAAAUCAUGCAGGAAGCACGAGCCGCAUCACAAAUUAGUGUCUCAUCAAAUCUAAAUGGCCGUUAUACUGGCGGUUCAAGUACAUCAUUAGCAUCGGCAACAAAUCUACCACCACCAAGUCAUAUAAAGCGUGCACCGCCUCGACUUAAAAUGGUCAAGAAAUCAUUAUCGUUGGAUCAACAGCUUCGUGGUGCUUCACAAGAACGAAUCUGGGAUUCAGAUCAUUCAUUGAACAGUACACCAAAUUCAUCGAUUAGUAAUCUUCGUAGUCGUUAUGCAUAUGGUGGUGGCUAUGAAUCCGAUUCAUCUGGAUCAGGAUUUUUUGCUCCAUCCAAUACAUUGCUUCGUUUGAGGCCAGGAUUCACAAAAGAUUCAUCAUUCGCUGGUGGAAGUGAUUCAGAUACCAGUGCUAUUUCAGCAGCUGAACCAAAAAAAUCUCUUAAAGAAAGAUUUAAAAUUCGAAAAUCAACAAAAUCAUCUGAUGAUGAAGCGUUAAAACAGAAUCUCACAUUGCAAGGAUUUGAAAAAAGUCCAAUUGAAUUGGCUAAACAACGUGAAAAGAAAGAAAGUCUUCGAUAUAAAAUAUCUAAAACAUUGUCCAAAACAUUCUCUCGUAGUGCAUCCGUAUUAUCGGAAACACCGGAAAUACAAUCUUCGAAACAACAACAACAACAACAACAAUCAACUAGUAGGACUAAAUCACCGACAAGAUCAAAAUCACCUGAAGUAAAAAAGCUCUAUCAAGAAUCUAGUCCUAUGGUCAUUCCUGGUAUAGCCCAAUUGAAACAGAAACCAAUGCAUUCAAAUCUGGCCAUACCACCAUCAAAACGUUCACCACCGCCGAAAAUAAAAAUCUAUCGUACCGAAACAAAUGUAUGAAAAACAAAACAAAAAAAAAAAUCUUCCCAUCCAAUUCCUAAGCAUCAUCUGUAAUAAUUUUAUCAUUUCUAUUCUGGAACAUUAUCAUCAUCAUCAUCAUCAUCAUCAUUAUGUAGUGUGUUUUUAUUCAGAUAAAAAAAAGGAUAUUUUUUAAAAUUUUUAAAUUCUGAAACUAAUCAAAAGAUGGCUGUCGGUUUUUGUACAAUUCUUUUCAUCAAGAUGCAAUGUUUAUAUGUAGGCCAUAACAUUGUAUCUAAAAUCAAGCAAUCAAAUCAAAAUUAUUAUUGACAAUUAUAUGUAUAUCAAAAUAUGACUUAAAUGAAUGAAUAUAAAACUGAUUUUUAUUCUUUAUG